UCCUAACAAACCAUACAUCAAUGGAAAGCUUAUUUAUUCAGCUAUUUAAAAAAGUUUUUUGGUCCAGAGUCAAAGUCAUUUUUAUUUUAUUUUACAGUGUCAUCAAUGGAAAGCUUAUUUAUUUCAGCUUUCAGAUGAUGUAUAAGUCUCAAUAAAAAAAAAAAAGAUCUUAUGACUGGUUUUGUGGUCCAAGGUCACAUAUUGCUUAGGAAUUGCAUGUGUUCUUAUUACAUUUCAAUAGCCUACAAUAAAAAUGUAAUGGGAUUCAAGAACAUUGUAAGCCUCUAACAGAUAUAUUUCUGAAACCGCUUUUCUCCUAUAUUUAUUAAGGCCCGUUCACACCAGUAACUAUAAAGAUUAUCCUUCACGAUAAUUAUAACGAUAUAAUAGUACUAAAUUUAAAAGUAUAGUACACUACAGCUAUAACAAUAACAACAUAGAGGAAGCAUAUUGUUGGAAUCACUUUCAUAAAGAUUUCCCCCCAAACGAUUAAUGAUAAAAUAUUGGCAGCCAAUCAGAAUCCAUCUUGUAAGCUUUCCAAUAUUUAAAGCAGCAGACGAAAAAACUGCAGGGCGCGUUUAAAAUAAGGCAGCGGCUAUUUGCAAAAAGUGUAAAUAGCGUAUUUUCUUAGCAAUAGAUACUAUUUACACUAUGUGCAAAUAGCAAUGGAUUCUAUUUACACUAUGUCAAAAUAGCAAGAUUUUCUGCUAUUUAUACUACUUAUUGCAAAUAGUGGCAAUUAUCUGCACCUCAGUAUUGUAGUACAUUAUAAAACAGCACUAACGUAUUGAGUGUAAAUUAUAGUUUUAAUUCAAAUUAUUAAAUGGAUGCCACCUUAUUGGGACAAAAAAAUCCCUCUCUACACCUACCCGAUACUUUUAUUUUCAACUUUUUGUUUAUUUCCUUCAUUUUUAUAGAUUUGAAAAGGGAGAAAAAAAAGUUCGGCAAAAGACGGAUUCAAACUCGGGUCGAUCGCGUCAAAAAACAUGCGCUCUUUUCAUCUACGCCACUGAAACAGAUGUUAAGUCGUCGCCUUUUAAUGUGUCUUUUUCGUAAUACCCCUCAACGUCAUCACCAGCCUGACCAAUCACACAAUGGUGGGCGGAGUUAGUGUAAAUAGACACUCAGUUACAGUUUUUUACAGAUGCUAGGACACAUUUCUCAAUACUUAGGUCACUUUUGCAAAACUCUUCACACAGUGAGCACAACAGAAGUCUAUGUGGGCUAAACUGAGGAUCAAUUAUCAUUGCUUUGGCACAAAAUGCAUUCAAUGACUACAUCUCUCAAAUUUCAUGAAUUCUUUUCUCACACAGACACAACAACUGCCAAAACUCUUUGUUCGUACAGGCCAAUUUGCACAUGCUUGCAUACUGUUUUCAAAACUGUUAAACUUAUGUUCAAAACAAUAACUAUUAUGUAUUAUGUAACUGAAUAAGACAGCAAUUUGCUACAUUCCUACAGUAAUAUUUUAAUGAAAUAUAUUUUAAAUCUCAAAAUUAAAUGCUAUAAAAACAAUUGGACAAUUGGACCAGCCACACCUGAUUCUCAUUGUAGAUGAACAUCUACACAGGUGUUACUCUUUCAAUUUCAUUACAAAAGGAGACAACUUCUGAAUAGUUUUGUAUUGUGAUGUAAACAUGGACCCAGCCAGAAAUAGAGAAGAGGCUGAAAGAGGAAGAAGAGUGGCUGGGAGGGGGCGAGGAAUACGUAUGCGUGGUGGAAGGAGAAUAAGAGGAAGAUCAAGGGCUGUAGUCUCAGAUGAGAUCAGAGCUACUGUAAUUGAUCAUGUAGUAAAUCAUGGUCUCUCAAUGAGAGGCUGGUCAGAGAGUGCAGCCAAAUCUGCAACGCUCUACAGUGGCAUCUAUUGUUAGAGUUUUCCGGCAAACCAACAGGUGCGAGAGGGAGGAUGCUCACUGAUGUGCAGGAAACUGCCAUUGCUGAUAUGGUCAUCAGAAACAAUGGGAUAAAACUCACUGAGAUUCGAGAGAGUCUUGGCAGACAAUGUUACUUUUGCAAAUAUUCAGUGUAAGCAUAACAACAAUUUCUAGAGUCCUGAAAAAACAUCAGGUCAGGAUGAAACAGUUGUACACUGUGCCUUUUGAGAGGAACUCUGAACAUGUCAAGCAACUCAAGAACCAAUAUGUCCAGAGAGUCAUGGAGAUUGAAGGCAGGCAAACACCCCACAUUUUCAUCUUUGUGGAUGAGGCGGGUUUCAACUUGGCCAAAACACGGCGACGAGCGAGGAAUGUGAUUGGGAAGAGAGCCACAGUGAAUGUCCUGGGCCAGAGGGGUGCCAACAUCACAAUGUGCACAGCAAUAUCCACUGAUGGACUGCUGUUACACAAACCACUAAUUGGGCCAUACAACACUGAACAUCUCCUUGCGUUCCUGCAUGAUCUCUAUGGAAGGGUUGUGCUAGGUGAGGAAAGGGAUGCAGAGAGAAGGAAUCAGCCAACAUUUAUAAUUGUAUGGGACAAUGUGGCAUUUCACCACUCCCAUGCAGUCACCGAGUGGUUUGCGGCCCAUCCCAGAAUGGAGUCACUUUUCCUCCCACCUUACUCUCCAUUCCUCAACCCCAUAGAGGAAUUCUUUUCCUCAUGGAGGUGGAAGGUUUAUGACCACCAUCCACAUGAUCAAAUGUCCCUCCUGGACGCAAUGAAUGCUGGAUGCCUGGACAUAUCAGCAGAAGAUUGCCAGGGAUGGAUCAGGCAUGGCAGAAGAUUCUUUCCUAGGUGUAUUGUCCUAGAUGACAUAAGAUGUGAUGUGGAUGAGAACCUGUGGCCAAAUGGAGAAGACCGAGUAGAUUAGCGUUACUAUUGUAUCUGUAUCAGUGGAUGGUGUGUAUACAAAUUGUUGUAUUUUGAAAUUACUAAGUAACUUAUAAAAUAAAUAAACAACAUAAAAUAUUGACGAA